AACAUUUUUUUUUUCAUUUAACUUUUAAAUAAGCUUUUAUAAAUCUUUUCAAUUUUCUUUCUCUGUACCACUGCUGACAACGACACAAUGCUCCCUUCUCUAUAUUUUUCAUCUAACCUCGAUAACGAUUAAGCAAAUAGCAAAAUUAUUUAUUCUUCUUCUAACAAACCACGAUAGUAGGUGUAUCACACAAACUUUUUUCUGACAUCAAACGAACCAAAUAUAAAGAAAAGAUCGUAGCAAGAGGAGUUAAAAGAGAGUAUGAGGGGAAGAGUCAAACUGAACCGAUUAUGGUUUGUAGAUUUAAACCUUUGAAAUUAUUUUACAUUGUUAUUAAUUUGGACUUUUUCUAAACCAACGCUAACUGAAUUCUCAUUAUUUAAAAAGAAUUAUAAAAUUUUAUUACGAAAAAGUUAUUCAAAAUUUUUAUUUUUUUCAAAAAGAUUUAGGUAAUUCGUACGAGAAAAAAAUAAAAGAAAUCCAAUCCAACUUUGACAUUGACAAAGCAGUUCAAUAUUUUAUUUCAAAUGAAGAGAAAUCCUUUUUCUUUUUUCAUUAUAAAUAUAACACAAAGUAUUGACAUUAGAAGAAAUAAACCAAAAGCUUUUUGAUUCAAAACAAUAUCAAACCGAUGGCUUUUCUAUCCCAUCCACCAUCUCUAACCCUAACCCCAUUUCUCCACAAAACAAAAACAAUUUCCAUUACUUCACGAAUCUCAUGUAAAGCUAGCAAUCACAAUGACCAAAAUACUUCCAACCCCAAAAUCGAUAGAAGAGACAUUCUCAUCGGCCUCACCGGUCUCUACGGCUCUUCCACUCUCUCCCAAAGUCCCCAUUUUGCUCUCGCUGCUCCCAUCCAAACCCCCAACAUCAGCAAAUGUGGUCCGCCAGACCUGCCACCUGGUGCCGACCCAACCAACUGUUGCCCGCCACCGGCCACAACUAUCCUCGACUUCCAACCGCCACCACCCACAAAAUUACGUGUCCGACCAGCUGCCCAUUUAGCGGAUCAAAACUACAUAGAAAAAUACAAAAAAGCGAUUGAAUUAAUGAAAGCACUUCCCGAAGAUGACCCACGUAGCUUCACACAACAAGCAAAUGUUCAUUGUGCUUAUUGUAAUGGGGCGUACGACCAAAUAGGGUUUCCGGUGGAGGUGCAAGUUCAUAAUUCAUGGCUGUUCUUUCCGUUCCAUAGAUUUUAUCUUUACUUUCACGAGAAGAUAUUGGGAGAGUUGAUUGGGGAUUCGAGUUUUGCUUUACCGUUUUGGAAUUAUGAUGCUCCUGGUGGAAUGAAGAUGCCUCGAAUGUAUGCAGAAGAGAAAUCUUCGCUUUAUGAUGAAUUACGAAACGAAAAUCAUUUGCCGCCAAGAUUGGUGGAUUUGGAUUUUGGGGGAGUUGAUGAUCCUAACAUUGGUGAUGAUGCACAAAUAAGGAGUAAUCUUAGUAUUAUGUAUCGGCAGAUGGUUUCUGGUAGUCGUACGCCUUCUUUGUUUUUUGGUAGCGCUUACGUAGAGGGUGAUGAGCCUUCACCAGGAGGUGGUUCAGUAGAGAAUAUUCCACAUGGACCGGUUCACGUAUGGUGCGGUGAUAACGACCAACCCAACUUCGAAAACAUGGGAAACUUCUACUCCGCUGCCAGAGACCCCAUUUUCUUCGCACAUCAUUCCAACGUCGAUCGCCUCUGGUCUGUCUGGAAAACCCUAGGUGGGCGACGAAAGGACCUUCAAAACCCCGAAUGGCUCAACGCCUCAUUCAUUUUCUACAACGAGAAAGCCCAACCCGUCCGAGUCCAUGUCCGUGACUGCCUCGACUCCAAAUCCCUUGGCUACACCUACCAACCCGUCGACCUCCCAUGGCUCCAAACCCGCCCCACUCCUCGCCGUGCCCAAAAAACAACCGUUGCCUUUGGCAUUGCCUCCGCCCUCGCCGCUGGCCCAUCAUCCAGCCGCGUCAAACCAGCUAACAUCAAGUUUCCGAUAACCGUGAAGUCGCCAGUGAGUGUGGAAGUGAAGAGGCCAAAGAAAUCGAGAAGCAAGAAAGAGAAAGAGGAGGAAGAGGAGGUUUUGGUAAUUUACGGAAUUGGAUUUGAUCCUAACAAUGGCAUAAAAUUUGAUGUUUUUAUAAACGAUGAAGAUGACAAGGAAAUUAAACCGGAUAAUACUGAAUUUGCGGGCAGUUUUGUGAAUGUACCACAUAAGCAAGCGCACAAGAAGAAAGUGAAGACCGGGCUGAGGGUGGGAAUAACGGAAGUGCUUGAGGAUUUGGAAGCUGAUAAUGAUGACAGUAUCAUCGUCACUAUCGUUCCUAAGAUUGGAGCUGGGUUGUUCUCCAUUGGUGGCUUAAAGAUCGAACUUGACGAGUAAACUUAACCCUUUGGGGAUGGGGUUAUUAAUAAUAUAAUUAGGGUUUAAUUUAUUCAAACCUUUGUUUAUUUGAAUGUGUUUGAGUAUGUAAUAAUUUGGGAUAUGUGUGUUUUUACAAGACUUUUUGUAAGUUGUUUUGUUGAAUAAUUAUUACAAAAAGGAAAAAAAACGUGAAACUGCUGAAAGUAAUAAUGAGAUUACCAUUGAAAUUGUUAAAA